CUGAAUCGCCACUCUUACAAUGAAGCCUGAUUUGAAUCUCCUUUUUUUCAUUUUGAGUACUGUUAAGGUCACUCUCCCUCUGGAAUAUUGUCCCACUCAUUGCCGUUGUGACUGGGACAUCCAUAGUGUAUCAUGUUAUGGAGCUGAGGUCAUGCCUAUUUUCCAUUCCAGCACACAGGAGGUGUGGCUUGUGAGGGCAAAACUGUCUUCUAUUCCUCAGAAUGCCUUUGCCAACUUGGCCAACAUUUCUCACAUAUCCAUCUCUGAUGAUGAUACUUUAAGAUAUCUUGAGAGGCAUUCUUUCCACAACCUGUCCAGGAUAACCCACAUACAACUAACUGGUAUCAAAACACUGUCAUACAUUGACCAAGAGGCAUUUAAGGAUCUGCCUAAUUUAAAGUACCUUGGGAUCACCAACACAGGCCUCAUCUCCUUUCCUGGUCUACAAUAUAUUCAGUCCAGCCAAGAGGAUUUUAUUUUGGAGAUAGUGGAGAAUGUCUUCAUACAAGUUAUACCUGCUAAUUCUUUCACUGGAAUAUCUGUGAAUGCUCUGACCAUCAUGCUGAAUAGCAAUGGUGUGAAAGAAAUCCAGCGCUAUGCCUUCAAUGGGAGCAGCCUGGAGGAAGUGUAUCUUCACAGGAAUGUGGAUUUGGAGCGUAUAGAUGAAUUAGCAUUUUAUGGUGUGAUUCGCGGCCCAACUCACUUAGACCUUUCAGAAACCAAAGUUAGCUCUUUGCCUUCAAUAGGUAUGGAGACCAUUGAAAAGCUCCAAGCUAAAAACACUUGGGCCCUCAAAGCACUGCCCCCCUUUCGAGCCUUUUUUCAUUUACAGAGUGCUGAAUUGACCUUCCCAAGCCAUUGCUGUGGUCUCAAAAUGUUGAAAAGAUGGAGAGGACACUCUGAGGCAGUUAUUUGCAACCUGACCCGGACUGCUUUGGGAAAGCUGCAGGAAUCCUCUGCAGCUCUCUCUCAGAGGUAUCUAGGACAUAAAAUCUACCAACAUCUAAAAGACAGCUUUGGUCUACCAACUGCUGGCAGCACAAAUCACAAUCAUUACUACAACAGCCCCAUUUGCCCAACUGAACAGUCUCAAAAUGAGGGUUUGUUUUAUGUGGAGUUACCUACAGAGCAUCUCAAUGAAGGUUUUGACUUUGCACUAUGUAAUGAACUUCACACAGAUAAUCAUGGACUCUUGUGCACCCCCCUGCCUGAUGCACUGAACCCCUGUGAAGAUGUGAUGAGUCAAGGCUUCCUGAGGGUGUUGGUCUGGGUGGUCAGUCUGUUAGCCAUUUCAGCCAACCUCCUGGUUAUGUUCAUCCUGCUGACCAGCCGACAGAGGUUGUCAGUUACCCGUUUCCUCAUUGGUCACCUGGCAUUUGCAGACUUUUGUAUGGGGAUGUACUUACUGCUCAUUGCAUCUGUCGACCUCUACACACGUGCCCAUUAUUACCAUUAUGCUAUUGCCUGGCAAACAGGAAGUGGCUGCAAUCUAGCAGGGACAUUAUCAGUGUUUGCCAGCAAGCUAUCUGUGUACACAUUAACUUUAAUCAGUUUUCAGCGCUGGCAUGCCAUCUUCUACGCAAUGAGGCCAGACAGAAAAAUUAGGUUACGCCAUGCAGCUGUGCUGAUGCUUGUCGGCUGGUUGCUGUGUAUGAUCCUAGCACUGCUGCCAGUGGUUGGUGUGAGCAGUUACCAGAAAGUGAGCAUCUGCUUACCCAUGGACACUGAGACAACUGCUGCUCAGGUCUAUGUGGUCUCUGUCCUGAUGGCUAAUGUCAUUGCUUUUAUGGUGGUAUGUUUAUGUUACCUCCACAUCUACUGUAUGGUGCACAAUCCCCGGCACCAGUCCAGCAGAUGUGAUACCAGCAUGGCCAAACGCAUGGCUAUUCUCAUAUUCACCAACUUUCUGUGUCUGGCUCCCAUUUGCUUCUUUGGCUUGUCUGCAGCUCUCCACCAACCAUUGAUGACUGUCACAGAUUCCAAGGUGCUGCUGGUGCUUUUCUAUCCUCUCAACUCUUGUGCACACCCAUUUUUUUAUGCUAUCCUGACAAAAGCAUUUCACAGAGACAUCCUGAUGUUGCUGAGCCGGAUGGGGCUGUGCCAGCGUCAAGCACAUCUUUAUCGAAGCCAACUUGUCAGUAUUACUCCCCACAUAUAUAAAGAAACAAUGUCUGCUCCACAGUCCAGCCCCCACAUCCAAAAACGUUCAAGUAUGGGAAUCACCAGGCUACAAGACGCCCCAAAAUUACUUUUGAAAUUUGAUUAAUAAUUUUUCUUGUAGUAGACUUAAAAAGCAAUAAUUGUACUUAUAUAUAAAUGUCCUUGUAAAUACCAAUUCACAGAACCUAACCAUUACACUCAUGACCUCUGAGAAUUCUUGAUCAAUUAAUUUCUUGCAUCAGUAUAUAUGGAUACCUCUAAUAGAGGCGGUUGUUUGCCAUUCUAAAAUAAUAAUCCAAAUGUUAAUCUGCAGGUAAUGACAGCAAAAGUUUAGGCUUCAGCUGUAGGGGAACGAGUGGAAAUAAUAAUAAUAAUAAUGGAUUUAUAUUUUAAAAAUGGAUUCAUAUAGCGCUUUAUCGUGAUACUCAAAGCACUACAGAGUAAACUCACCUUAACCACUACCAAUGUGUAGCACCCACCUGGAUGAUCCAUGGCAGCCAUUUUGCGCCAGAACACUCACCACACAUCAGCUUGAGGUGGAGAGGGAGGGCAACAUAGAGCCAAUUACAAUAGGGGAUGAUUAGGUGGCCAGAUGGAGAGAGCCAGGAUGGGAAUUUUGCCAGGACAAUGGGGAACCCCCUCCUAUUUGCAAUAAGUACCAUGGGAUCUUUAAUGACUACAGUGAGUCAGGACCUCGGUUUAAUGUCUCAUCUGAAGGACGGCAUCUCCUACAGCACAGCGUCAACAUCACUGCACUGAGGCAUUGGGAUUUUUAAAAAAUAUUUUUUUUACUUUUCCAACAAGCACUCCCACAAUCACACGCGCUUUACGUAGUGUUUGGUCAAGUGUGUGGAGGUGUGAAGGUAAGUGGGGGCACUUUCUGUGUGUACAACCGAGUGCAACACCAUGAGAGACUUUCUGAAAUUGUGCAGUUAUCUCCAUUUGUAUGAUUCAUUGCAUCAAGAAAUCAAAGAAGCAAAAGACACAGAGUUCUCGGAGAGAGAUCAGUGAGGCAGUGAGAUGCAGCCAGGAGGAGGGUAUGACAGCAGUUAUAGUAAUUAUAUAUAUUAUAUACUAUAUAAUUUAUAGUAAUUUUAUAAUACUUUAUUAUUUUAAAUGUGCUACAUACAGCUUCACUCAACUUCUUUUCUGUAUCAUGUCAUCAACAUCUGUAAAUUAGUAUAUUUACAUACACACUAGUCCCUAUUAUGUCUUAUCCUGGUAUUAAUCAUACAGAACAUUACCUGGUUUUUAAUAUCCCUGUAUGACUAGCAUUAUCGAGGUUACUGAUCAUUUGUGUAGGAGAAUCCUUGAUGCUUUCACAUUAAACAUUCAUCUUUGUAAACAUCUCUGUCAUUUAUGUGAUGAGGUUCAGGUAUUCUCAGUGUGAAUCUCUUGUGGCAGGAAGGUCUAUCCAAUCCAACCAUUCUGUGUUACACAAGUCAUCAUUAGCUUAUGUAACUUGUUUUCCCUAAAUGAAACACAGUUCAUUAUAAGCACAGUAAAAGUAGAGCAUAGCAUUUAAAACAAAGGUAUUAGAAAGUGAGAUUAUGAUAUGAUUAUGAAAAUAUGACUAUAGGCUAUACAUGAAACCUCCACAUGUCCUCCCAUUUGAGUCUCACUCAUUACUCAAACUUCAUGAUAUGAGUAAUAUGAGUAAUGAAACAUUUGAUCCCGUUACAAAGUACUAUCACAGUAUACCACAAUAUCCUUCAUGGUGUAAGCUAAAGCAAUAUCAUGUAAUAACUUUGCAAAUGAAGCUAUUGCAAUCAAAUGGAUCAUUAUGAAUAAAAUGAAACAAGAUACAAAAAUAUGAGUAACAUGAAAAAAAUGUCCAUCAGUCUCUUCCUUAAGAUCCUUCAAAAACAUUAUCAUCAUUAUUUUAGGUAUUACCUUCACUUUGAAGUUGGGCUCCUUCUGGAAAGUAUGAAACAACAAGGGUUUUUCCAACAGUGAGUCCUUGUUUUCAGUGGUAAUCUUUUGGUUGUAAUUGUUAGUCUCUUGUGGGAUCUGAUCCUGGUGCGCAAAAUAUCUCAAAGUGUCCACAGUUUUUGGGAAUAAUUGUGUUCAUUAUCCUUAUCGUCACAGCCCUUGUCCGUGCUACUAGAAUCUGAGUCAUCACCGUGAGGCUUAUCGAGGGCCCAUUCUGGCAUUUGAAAAAGAUCAGAAAAGUCUCCAUCUCCCUCAGGUCUCUGAUGGAGUGACUUCAUCAUCUGGGAGUUGAUUUUGGAGUUAACAAAAGAUAGGAAUAUUGGAAUACAACAGCAAAAGAUAACUCCCAUUAUAAUGAUGCAUGUUAGAGCUGCUACUAUUAUUUUUACUAGGGCUUCCUCUAUCUUCCUAAAAUCAAUUCUAGCCCUGUAAACCGAUCUUUCCCAUAAUGUACAUACGUAGUAACCCAAUUGACGAUGGACUCAUUUCUGACAUACCUUUUAAUUUGCAUAGAUUGUUUUGUUUGUUGUUUGGACAUUAACAGCACAAUGACUAACAUCAGAUAGUCUUCCAUUACAUGUGACGAAGCCAAAUUAUCUGGUUUUAAAGGAUUGUAUUAAUGACUUAACCCCUUUGUUCCUAAAAUAUUAGUCUUAGUAUUUGUACAACUGUUUUAUAUUUCAUAACUAUUCUCAAUCCUGCCAACACUGUUAGGGUGCUGUUAGGGUGGUGUUAGAGCAGCCACACUUCAUUUUAUACAUCGUUUAUUUACAAUUUAAGAUACAAAGACACUACAUAUUAGGACUGCAAUGGUCUGAUUAUAUACACAUAUACAUUUUUGCAGAAAUGUAUAUGGUUACACAACAGAAUUGGCAAGCAGGCCUACGUUACACUACAAAUAAAAUGAAGUUAAGCUAACAUUAAGUAAUGAAGCCUGCGACGGAUGUAUGAGCAAGAGGGUCAAAGUUCAAGGCGCAAUGUUAUGACGAAGUAGUAUGUCCCAGUUGUAUGCAUACUGCAUGCAAAAGUAUGCACUUUUAAGGGCUGAUGCAGUAUGUACUACAAGUGGAAAGAAAAAAGUAUGCAAUUUGGAACGCAGGCCAACCAUCAUAACCCAUCGUUAUGGCAGGUGCCUUUUCAGAAUCAGACUCAGCUUUAUUGCCAAGUAGAUUUACACAUGCAAGAAAUGUGCUUUGGUAUUUUAGUACAAAAUAAUAAACAAAGUAGAAAUAUAAAGAAAGAUAAAGUAAGUACUGCAGGUCAAGAAUCACAAAUAUAAAAUAUAAAACUGACAAUAAGCUAUCAAAGAAUAUAAAAAAAUGUAAGAAAAUAAAGAACAUGUGCAAUAUGUUAUUUAUUUUACAGUUUGUGCAAUGUGCAAAAUAUUUACAUGGGAAUGUGCAAAAGUUUACAGUAUUACUUUUCAUACGUCACAUGAGCUGCAACCAAGCCCCGAUAACAGGGAGGCAACCCCUGCAGUUAACAAAGCAGUAAUAGGCAAUCAAUUUUUUUUCCUUUUUCAUUCCCACUCCUGUGGUUUGCGUCAAAACACCAAUGGCGUAAUUCUGUCUGUAAGAGACAAACAGACUAAACGGCUUAUCAUCUUGGGCAAAACAUUGAACCCCAAAUUGUUCCUGAGGGCUGUGCCUUCAGUGUGUGAGUGUGUGUGAAUGCUUGGUUAGUUUCUUUCAACUGAUGAGUAGUUGGUACCUGCCACCCUGUGAAUUGGGUGAAUGUGAUAUGUGGUGUGAAGCGCUUUAAGUAGUCGGGAGACUCAAAAGGCUAUACAUGUAAAGUCCAUUUAGGAUUUAUCAUAAUGCAUGUAAUAUCAUUUCAAUAGAUUGAGUUGUGAUAAUCAAAUUUACAUCAAUGUUAUGUCAUAACUGUGGAGGGACUUUAGCAUUUUAUCCAUUAGCUUAUUGUUUUCUUUGGUGAUCACCACUUGUUGCUGAGUCUCAGGUAAUAUUAUUACCUAUGGGUUAGCAAUGGUUGUUAUUGAUGUCUGUCAUGGUACAGCUGUACCAUUCCUAAUUCUCUGUUUGUUUGUCCCCUGUUGGAUCUCCUCUUGUGUUUGUCUGUGUGUAUAUGUCUGUGUGUGUGUGUGUGUGUGGCCUCCGAGGAACCUCCAAUCCAGAACUGACACACCUGCUACUCACCUGCUGUUACCCACCUGCUCUCCAUCUGCCCACCCGCUCUCACCUGCUGUUACCACUUGUUUUUUUUCCCCUUUAUUUUUGCUUCAGGGAGCAGAUAUCCGCCACACAGCAUUGUUCUUGAAGUUGACAUUAUUCCUUGAAUUAAAAAAAACUUUAGAUUAAAAACGAUGACCUCUUGCACUUUAACUUUUUUACUUAAUAUUAUUAUUAUCAGAUUCUGGUUUCUUUUAUCAAUUAUUUUAACGCUCUUCCAAUUUUUAUCUAUAUGCAGGUUUAAUUCUUCUUAAAUAUUCUUACUUGUAAUCUUGAUCUAUGAUAAUCCUGUAAAUGCAUUUCAUAAAUGCGAAGUAGUUUUAUUGAAAUGCUGUAAAAUUCCAAAUAGUUUUAUUUAAAUGCUAUAAUUGCAACAGUCAAAUUUCAUAAAUACAAAAUAGUUUUAUUUAAAUGAUGUAAAUGGAUUUAUUUAUAAUCCUGUAACUUUCAACUCCUGAGGUAUUUAGAUGACUGCACACAGCUCUUUGUUUUCCUCUCAGCUUCACUUUAAAUUUCCAAACCAUAAUCAAUCUCUUUUCGUGGUUACUACACACUGAAGCAAUGCGCUCCACUAAAUCUCUGGUGCUAUAUACAACGAUAAACAAAGUACUCAAAUGUUCUGCUCAACAAAGGCAUCGAUACCACACAGCAAAAACACACCAAUACGAGCAAAACACACUGUUAUGAAGAUGCCACCUAUGCAACAGUACACAGUAAAAUCAGAAUGCACACAAUAAAAUCAUAAUGCACAAAAAUUUAAAAAAGAAAGCAUUCAAAGCAAAAGGAUAUCCCCCAGUACCUGCUAUACAUAUGUUACAUUUUAUAUAAGUUGAUUACCAUUAUUCUCCAUUAAUAUAAAAGCAGGAUUUUACUGUUGUAGUUGGCUUAUUCUGAACUUUUGUAUCUAACUGCAGCUAAUGAUUGCCUUCACUACGGAUCGAUCUACUGAUUAUCUUCUCUAUUCAUCAAUUGAUUAUUUAAUUUGUAUGAAAUAUGAAAAUAGUUAGAAAUGCCGCCACGAUCACCCAGAGCUCAAAGUGACUCCUUCACAAUGCUUAUUUUUCCCAAACAGUCCAAACCUUGAAGCUAUUAACACUAUGUAAGAAUUAAUAAUUUAAAUGAAGGUUGCUUGCCUAUUAUAUUAAUACCAUGUUGAAACUUUUGUACACACAUACACACACG